GUACAGUACUGUUGCCUGUUUUGCUUACUCACAGUUUCGUCCUCCAUUGCUUUACUUUAGUUUCCUUACUCCUUAAGCACUUUCUCUCUCCUAGGGCACACUUUCUCUCUCCUCCAUUUUCGCACGCCACUGAAGCUCGAUGUUGCUAUCUUCUGUAGUUUCGUAGCUUCGUUUUCUCUCUCUACUGGUAGAAUUAGCUUGAUGCAUGGUUGUUUCCUAGGGCACACUUUCUCUCUCCUCCAUUUUCGACACCAGUGAAGCUCGAUGUUGCUAUCUACUGUAGUUUUGUAGCUUCGUUUUAUCUCUCUACUGGUAUUUUGGAGAGGAUUAAUUAAUUAGUGGAAAGAUGGCAUCACCUUCGACUUCCAGAGGUGGAGGUUCUGAUCAACCGCCGGGAAGGCGGUUGAUGAGGACGCAGACUGCGGGGAACCUCGGUGAAACAGCGUUCGAUAGUGAGAUUGUUCCGUCUUCUCUAGUUGAGAUUGCUCCCAUCCUUCGUGUUGCCAACGAAGUCGAGAAGCAUAAUCCUAGGGUUGCAUACCUAUGUAGGUUCUAUGCAUUUGAGAAAGCACAUCGAUUGGAUCCAACUUCCAGUGGUCGUGGUGUCCGUCAAUUCAAAACUGCACUUCUUCAAAGGCUAGAAAAGGAAAAUGAUCCAACAUUAAUGGGGAGAGUUAAAAAAAGUGAUGCACGUGAAAUGCAAAGUUUUUAUCAGCACUAUUACAAGAAGUAUAUUCAAGCUUUGCAAAAUGCAGCUGAUAAGGCUGACCGUGCUCAGCUCACAAAGGCGUAUCAAACUGCUAAUGUUCUCUUUGAGGUGUUGAAGGCUGUUAACUUGACGCAAGCCAUGGAAGUUGACCGUGAGAUUUUGGAUACACACAACAAAGUAGCAGAGAAAACUGAAAUCUAUGCCCCAUACAACAUUCUUCCUCUUGAUCCUGAUAGUGCAAAUCAAGCAAUUAUGAGAUAUCCAGAGAUCCAAGCUGCAAUGGUUGCCCUUCGUAAUACAAGGGGACUUCCUUGGCCCAAGGACUACAAGAAAAAGCAAGAUGAAGACAUUUUGGACUGGCUCCAAGCAAUGUUUGGAUUUCAGAAAGAUAACGUGGCAAAUCAACGAGAGCACCUCAUUUUAUUGCUCGCCAAUGUCCAUAUACGACAGUUUCCAAAGCCUGAUCAGCAACCAAAGUUGGAUGAACGUGCAUUGACAGAAGUAAUGAAAAAGCUCUUCAAGAGUUAUAAGAAAUGGUGCAAGUACUUGGACCGCAAGAGUAGCCUCUGGUUACCAACAAUACAACAGGAAGUACAACAACGUAAACUAUUGUACAUGGGCCUGUAUCUUCUUAUAUGGGGGGAAGCUGCUAAUCUGAGGUUCAUGCCAGAAUGCCUAUGCUAUAUCUAUCACCAUAUGGCCUUUGAACUUUAUGGAAUGCUUGCUGGAAAUGUCAGUCCCAGGACUGGGGAGAAUGUGAUGCCAGCAUAUGGUGGCGAAGAAGAGGUCUUUUUGAGAAAAGUUGUAACCCCUAUAUAUGAAGUUAUAAGAUGGGAAGCAGAAAUGAGCAAAAAAGGAAAAUCCAAGCAUUCACAGUGGAGAAACUAUGAUGAUUUGAAUGAAUAUUUUUGGUCAGUUGAUUGUUUCCGUUUGGGCUGGCCUAUGCGGAUUGAUGCAGACUUCUUUUGUUUGUCUGUUGAACUUCGUCAAGAUAGAAAUGGAGAAAACAAACCUCUUCAAGGGGAUCGGUGGACUGGAAAAGUUAACUUCGUUGAGAUUCGAACGUAUUGGCACGUCUUCAGAAGUUUUGACAGAAUGUGGAGCUUUUUUAUUUUGGCUUUGCAGGCCAUGAUUAUUAUUGCCUGGAAUGGCACAGGCGAUCCUAGUGCAAUAUUUGAAGUAAGAGUUUUUAAGAAUGUACUAAGCAUCUUCAUCACAGCUUCAAUAAUUAAGCUUCUGCAAGCCUCCCUUGAUGUGGUUCUCGGUUGGAAAGCAAGACGAACCAUGUCAUUUCAUGUUAAGCUUAGGUACAUUUUGAAGGUUAUCUCAGCUGCUGCAUGGGUGGUAAUCCUGCCGGUGACCUAUGCAUAUUCUUGGGACAAUCCUCCUCCAGGAUUCGCACAGACAAUUAAAAGUUGGUUUGGUAGUAAUGCUCACUCGCCUUCACUGUUUUUUCUGGCUGUUGUUGUCUAUCUAUCGCCAAAUAUGCUCUCUGCCGUGCUGUUUUUGUUUCCUUUCAUACGAUCUGCUCUUGAAAGAUCCAACUACAGGAUUGUGAUGCUGAUGAUGUGGUGGUCACAGCCGCGACUUUUUGUUGGGAGGGGAAUGCAUGAAAGUGCCUUUUCUCUCUUCAAGUACUCGAUGUUUUGGAUCCUCCUCCUCAUUACAAAAUUGGCGUUCAGCUUCUAUAUCGAGAUAAAGCCUUUAGUGCGUCCAACUAAUGAUAUAAUGUCAGUUCGGAUGAUAAAGUUUAAAUGGCAUGAGUUUUUCCCUCAAGCGCGGAAUAAUAUCGGUGCUGUAAUUUCAUUAUGGGCUCCAAUUAUUCUUGUCUAUUUCAUGGAUACUCAGAUCUGGUAUGCUAUAUUUUCCACGAUUUUCGGAGGUAUAUAUGGUGCAUUCCGUCGUCUUGGUGAAAUCCGUACUCUGGGCAUGUUAAGAUCCCGCUUUCAGUCAUUACCUGGAGCUAUUAAUGCACGUCUUAUUCCUGCUGAAAAAACUGAACAUAAGAAAAAAGGAUUGAAGGCCACCUUCUCCAGACGAUUUCCUGAUAUUCCAUCUAAUAAAGAGAAAGAAGCUGCCAGGUUUGCGCAGUUGUGGAAUCAGAUUAUCACGAGUUUCAGAGAGGAAGAUCUUAUAAGUAAUAGGGAAAAGGACUUGUUACUUGUUCCAUAUUGGGCUGAUCGUGACUUAGAUCUCAUACAAUGGCCUCCAUUUUUACUCGCGAGCAAGAUUCCUAUUGCGCUAGAUAUGGCAAAGGACAGCAAUGGGAAGGACCGGGAAUUGAUAAAGAGAAUAGAAGCUGAUCCAUAUAUGUCAUGUGCUGUGCGAGAGUGCUACGCUUCUUUCAAAAGUGUUAUCAAGUACAUGGUUCAAGGGGUUCCUGAGAAAACUGUUAUAGAGAAUAUAUUUGCCGAAGUUGAGAGACAUAUAGAAAAAGGUGAUCUGGUCACAGAGUACAGGAUGAGUGCUCUUCCUAGCUUGUAUGGGGGUUUUGUCAAGCUAAUGAAAUGCUUGCUGGAGAACAAAAAGGAGGAGAGAGAUCAAGUUGUUCUUUAUUUCCAGGACAUGUUGGAGGUGGUGACAAAUGAUAUAAUGGAGGACACUAGUGUUCUGGAGUCACUCCAUGGUGGGUCCUUGGAUUCAGGAAUGGCGUCCUUUGAGUUAUUUGCAUCAGAAGGAGCAAUUAAAUUUCCUAUUGAACCAAUAACAGAAGCUUGGAAGGAGAAGAUCAAGCGGCUGUACCUACUUCUUACUGUGAAGGAGUCUGCAAUGGAUGUUCCAUCGAACUUAGAUGCUCGGCGUCGACUCUCUUUCUUUUCAAAUUCACUAUUUAUGGACAUGCCCUCAGCACCGAAAGUUCGAAAUAUGCUUUCUUUCUCUGUGUUGACCCCUUACUACACGGAGGAUGUUCUUUUUUCGCUGCAAGAGCUGGAAACACAAAAUGAAGAUGGUGUAUCCAUCCUAUUCUAUUUGCAGAAGAUUUUUCCAGAUGAAUGGGAAAACUUCUUAGAACGUGUCAAAUGCAAUGAAGAUGAACUCUACAGAGGCCAGCCUUUGACUGAUGAACUGGAAGUAGAUUUACGCCUUUGGGCAUCAUACAGAGGCCAGACUUUGACCCGAACUGUUAGAGGCAUGAUGUACUAUCGAAAAGCUCUAGAGCUUCAAGCCUUCCUCGAUAUGGCAAAUGAUAAAGUCUUAAUGGAAGGCUACAAGGCUCUUGAAUUGAACACUGAAGAGAAUUCACAGAGUGAAAGAUUACUAUGCCAAGCUGUUGCUGACAUGAAGUUUACAUAUGUGGUAUCUUGCCAGCAAUAUGGUAUACAUAAAAGAUCCGGUGAUCAACGUGCACAAGAUAUACUCAGGCUAAUGACAACAUAUCCGUCACUUCGUGUGGCUUAUGUUGAUGAGCUUGAAGAUCGGAGUGAAGAAGGGUCCAAAAAGAAAAAUAUGAUUUAUUUUUCUGCUCUUGCCAAAGCAGCUCUGCCGUCAUCUCCUAGUUCAAAAGAGCAGGGGCAAAACCUAGAUCAGGUCAUAUAUCGGAUAAAACUCCCGGGCCCCCCAAUCUUAGGUGAAGGGAAGCCUGAGAAUCAGAAUCAUGCGAUAAUUUUCACACGUGGAGAAGGAUUGCAAACAAUAGAUAUGAAUCAGGAUAACUACUUGGAGGAAGCUUUGAAAAUGAGGAAUCUGCUUCAAGAAUUUUUGAUAAAGCAUGGUGGUGUGAGGCAUCCUACAAUUCUUGGACUUAGAGAGCAUAUAUUCACUGGAAGUGUUUCAUCUCUCGCAUGGUUCAUGUCAAAUCAGGAAACAAGUUUCGUUACCAUUGGUCAGAGGCUGCUAGCAAACCCAUUAAAGGUUCGCUUCCACUAUGGUCAUCCAGAUGUUUUUGAUAGACUCUUUCAUCUUACAAGAGGUGGUGUCAGCAAAGCUUCCAAAGUUAUCAAUUUGAGUGAGGAUAUAUUUGCUGGAUUUAAUUCUACUCUCCGUGGAGGAAAUGUUACGCAUCAUGAGUACAUUCAAGUGGGGAAGGGAAGAGAUGUGGGCCUUAAUCAAAUUUCGAUGUUUGAGGCGAAAAUAGCCAACGGCAACGGUGAGCAGACAGUCAGCCGUGAUAUAUACAGACUUGGACAUCGUUUCGAUUACUUCCGAAUGUUGUCAUGUUAUUUCACUACAGUUGGUUUCUAUUUUAGCACCUUGAUAACUGUUCUCACUGUGUACAUAUUCCUGUACGGCCGUCUUUAUCUUGUGCUAAGUGGCCUUGAGGAAUCAUUGAACAACCAACGGCGGUUUCGGAACAAUAAACCGCUUCAAGUUGCUCUGGCUUCUCAAUCAUUUGUUCAAAUUGGGUUCUUGAUGGCAUUGCCUAUGUUGAUGGAAAUUGGUUUAGAAAGAGGUUUCCGAACUGCACUAAGUGAGUUUAUACUGAUGCAACUGCAACUUGCUCCUGUAUUCUUUACAUUCUCACUAGGAACCAAGACUCACUAUUAUGGGAGGACAUUGCUUCACGGGGGUGCAAAAUAUAGAGGCACAGGUCGAGGAUUUGUUGUCUUCCAUGCUAAAUUUGCCGAGAACUAUAGACUCUACUCCCGCAGCCAUUUCGUGAAAGGAAUUGAGCUUAUGAUGUUACUUAUUGUAUAUGAGAUUUUUGGUGAAUCAUAUAGAGGUGCUGUUGCUUAUAUUUUUAUUACCAUAUCAAUGUGGUUCAUGGUGGGCACAUGGUUGUUUGCUCCGUUCCUUUUCAAUCCUUCUGGGUUUGAAUGGCAAAAGAUAGUUGAUGAUUGGACAGACUGGAAUAAAUGGAUAAGCAAUAGAGGGGGGAUUGGUGUGCCGUCAGAAAAGAGUUGGGAGUCAUGGUGGGAGGAGGAACAGGAGCAUCUUCACCAUUCUGGCAUUCGUGGAAUCAUUGCUGAGAUACUGCUAUCUUUGCGGUUUUUUAUUUAUCAAUAUGGACUUGUGUAUCACUUAAAAUUCACGAAAAAUACUAAUAAAAGUUUCCUGAUCUAUGGUUUAUCAUGGUUGGUGAUCAUGUCAAUCUUAUUCGUAAUGAAGACUGUUUCGGUUGGACGUCGGAAAUUCAGUGCAGAUUUUCAGCUGGUAUUUCGGCUCAUCAAAGGGUUGAUUUUCCUGACGUUUGUCGGUGUCCUGGUUACACUUAUUGUGUUGGCAGGCAUGACAUUACAGGACAUCAUAGUUUGCAUUCUUGCUUUCAUGCCCACUGGUUGGGGUUUGCUUCAGAUUGCCCAGGCUCUAAAACCCGUGAUUCGCAAGUUCGGGUUUUGGGGUUCAGUGAGGACGCUUGCACGUGGGUAUGAGAUUGUGAUGGGAUUGCUUUUAUUCACACCCGUGGCUUUCCUUGCCUGGUUCCCGUUCGUCUCAGAAUUUCAGACCCGAAUGUUAUUCAACCAAGCAUUCAGCAGAGGUUUGCAGAUAUCACGUAUUCUUGGGGGUGGACAUCGUAAAGACCGCGCUUCCCGCAACAAGGACUAAUCUUAUUGAAGUUUAUUCUUGUCAAAAUCUUCUCUUAUUGUAGCUGUUGUAAUUAUUAUGUAUUCUAGCAGCAUUUUGGUAGUUUUAAAUUAGCACAGUUUGCCAAUUAGGGUUUACGAGGCUGCACCAUUUUCUCCUGUCAGCCUACUUGCCUUCGUUCCUCAUUUCCUCGAGCCAAAGCUUCUAUGUAAACACCAAGCUUGAAAAAACGUGCAAGAAAAACGGUUUUAGAAAUGUAAACAGUGAAAAAUAGUAUUGAAAAAUGGAUAGUGAAGACUAAAAGCUAGUUUUGGGGAUUUUGUGCUUGUAAUGGUUUAUUUAGGGAACAAAAUAGAAGAAUGAAGAAUGAAGAGAAUUUUGAAA